AUGGAAUCCACCGUAAGGAUCAACAAUGCUGCGGACAUCUCUGUUAUUGUCAUCUAUUUUUUGGUAGUCCUGGCAGUGGGACUAUGGGCUAUGUUCUCAACCAACCGAGGGACAGUAGGUGGAUUUUUCCUGGCUGGACGAAGCAUGGUUUGGUGGCCGAUUGGUGCUUCUCUAUUUGCCAGUAACAUUGGCAGUGGACAUUUUGUGGGAAUAGCAGGAACAGCAGCAUCUGGAGGAAUUGCCAUCGGAGGAUAUGAAUGGAAUGCUCUGAUAUUUGUGGUUGUUCUAGGAUGGCUGUUUGUACCCAUCUACAUCAGAGCUGGGGUGGUGACAAUGCCAGAGUAUCUGAAGAAGCGUUUUGGUGGGAAACGGAUUCAGAUCUACCUGUCAGUCCUUUCGCUGAUCCUGUAUAUUUUCACAAAGAUCUCAGCAGACAUAUUCUCUGGAGCUGUAUUUAUACAACUGGCUCUAGGGCUGAAUCUUUAUUUGGCCAUAAUUAUCCUGCUUGCUAUUACAGCUCUUUAUACCAUCACAGGUGGCCUUGCAGCUGUGAUUUACACUGACACCUUACAAACAUUUAUCAUGGUAGUGGGAUCCUUUAUUCUCAUGGGAUUUGCAUUUGCUGAAGUAGGAGGUUAUGAUGCUUUCAUGCAGAAGUACAUGGAAGCAAUUCCAUCCAAUAUCUCCUAUGGGAAUACUACAAUAGAUUCAGAAUGCUACACUCCUCGGAAGGAUUCCUUUCACAUCUUCCGAGAUGCCGUCACUGGAGAUCUGCCAUGGCCAGGGGUCAUCUUUGGUUUGAGCAUCAUUGCUAUGUGGUACUGGUGCACAGAUCAGGUUAUUGUCCAAAGAUGUCUCUCUGGCAAAAACAUGUCCCAUGUGAAGGCUGGCUGUAUCAUGUGUGGAUACCUGAAACUCUUGCCCAUGUUUAUUAUAGUGAUGCCUGGAAUGAUCAGCCGAAUUCUGUAUACAGAUGUGGUGGCUUGUGUUGUGCCCGAAAUCUGUCAGGAGUCCUGUGGCACUGCAGUUGGCUGUACAAACAUUGCUUAUCCAAAGCUGGUAGUGGAGCUUAUGCCAAGAGCCCAGUUCACAUGUCUUUGUGCUGCAGGUCUGCGGGGUCUGAUGUUGUCAGUCAUGUUGGCCUCCCUUAUGAGCUCCCUGACUUCCAUUUUCAACAGUGCUAGUACUCUGUUCACUAUGGACAUUUACACUAAGAUUCGAGCACGACCGUCUGAGAAAGAGCUUAUGUUAGCAGGAAGGGCAUUUAUGGUACUUUUAAUUGGCAUCAGCAUUGCCUGGGUUCCUGUGGUGCAGUCAGCUCAAAGUGGGCAGCUCUUUGAUUAUAUUCAGUCAGUUACUAGCUACCUGGGACCUCCCAUUGCUGCUGUCUUCCUGCUUGCCAUCUUCUGCAAGCGGGUUAAUGAGCCGGGUGCCUUCUGGGGCCUGGUAGUUGGGCUGUUAGUUGGACUCAGUAGAAUGAUUGCAGAGUUUGCCUAUGGAACUGGCAGCUGUGUGACCCCUUCCAAAUGCCCGUUCAUCAUCUGUGGGAUUCACUACCUUUACUUUGCAAUCAUCCUUUUUGGGGUUUCCGCCAUCGUCAUCCUGGCAGUCUCCUUCAUGACUAAACCCAUCCCUGAUGUACACCUUUACCGCUUGUGCUGGUCUUUACGGAACAGCAAAGAAGAACGUAUCGAUCUUGAUGCAGAUGAGGAGGAGAUCAAAGCUGAUGAAAAAGAUGAGGAAUCAGUUCACGAGGAAAGGGAAGAACCGGGAUGCUUUAAGAAAGUGUACAACUGGUUCUGUGGCUUAGAUCAACAAGCACCCAAACUGAGCAAGGAGGAAGAGGAAGCGUUGAAGAAGAAACUCACUGACACAAGCGAAGUGCCACUUUGGAGAAAUGUUGUGAAUAUCAAUGGCAUCAUCCUAUUGACUGUGGCUGUAUUUUGCCAUGCCUUCUUUGCAUAAACCUCUGAUCACAGUUCCAGAUUGUACUGUAUUUGUCAAGCAAAAAAUGAUGACUUGUAAAUUUACAGAGUUAGAUACACUUCGUAUUUUCGUUGUUUGUAAAAGUCAGGGUGAUUUACUUGCUGAUUAUGUGAGCAUAAUUUCAACAAUCUGAAGCUGAAGGCCACUGAGAGAAUUUCUGGUUAGACAUUGAAUCAAUCCAGGGCUAAUUGAGGUUCAGAAUUUCUGUCCAAUAUUCUCUCUACUCGUGAUACAUUUCAUAUUUUAGGUGCAGAACAAAGCUGCAUGAGCCAUAUUUCAUAUCAAGGUUUGUGAACUACCUUUUAGGGUUGAUGGUACUAGUUUAAUUUUCAACCCUUCUUCUUCUGAUCAUUCAAAUGUCUUUUUCCUUUGGCUAUGACGAUAACAAAAAAGCCACAACUGAGGGACCAUAUUAUGAAUUCAAAUUAAAACAUUGCUUUUGUUCUCUGCAAGUAUGGGAUAUUAUAAGUAAAGGAUUUAUGUAUAUACUGAUGCAUUUGACACUACAUCUCCUUUUCCAUUAUCACUUUUUUCCCCUUUUUCUCUCUUUUCAUUGGGUUGUGUUUCUCACUAACCAUCUGCAUUUUGAAAUUAGGGCAAACAUGUCUUGAUGAUCCUAAUAAGAAUUCUGCUUAUGAUAGAUUCUCUGUUUCAGGUUAACUUCAAAAGGUCCUCCUUUCUUUAUAUUUUAAUAUGUAUCUAUACUUGAAUGUGAAGCUUUUUUAUACAAAAUACAUAUAUAUACACACAUGCAAUACAUUAUAUAUAUGCACUAUAUAUAGUAUAUAUCUUAAAUAUGUAUGUGUGUGUGUAUAUAUAUAUUUAUUUAUUAUUGAUCAAUUGCUGUCUUGGUACAUCAAAGUUAAUCUCCAGCCACGAUUACUGGGACCGCUUUGUCUUGGGGUUGGUGUUAAUGCCUCUUUCGAUGGACUGUGCUCCAAACCAAUCGAUGCAUAUGGUUAAAAGCCCAAAGCAUCAGAGUGCUGGAUUUGCAUUUUUCUUUCAAGCACAUUUGAGGGCUUUGGGCUGCUUUUCUGCAAAGCUAUAAAUCUUUCUUGUGAAGAUUUCAUUGAAAUAGAAUUCAUGCUUUACAACAGCAUGAGUUAACAGUUCAUGAAGGAGAAUGGUCCCAGCUGCAGGAUAUCAGCUAAACCAGUCUGAUUGUCUCCACUUGAUAAGUUUGGUACCAGCUGGAGAUAGAGGAGAAGACAGAUUUACCACUUGAAAGCAAAAAGUCAAUAGAUCUUCUUAUCAUCUAAUUCAGCUUCCUGGGGAAUCAAGUGUCAAAAGAAGACAUCGGUUGCAGUAGUCAAGCUGCACCACAAUUCCUUGUUCCUCUUGCACCCAUAUUGUGGGAUGCUGGGUUGUCCCAAAGCAUUUCAGUGCGAUUCUCCAGCAGGAUGCACUGGGCUUGCCAGAAGUCCAUCUAAAGGGGAAGCCAGUGUAGUGUCUCUGUAUGUGCUAUACACACUGCUGCUAACUCCUGCAGCUGUAAUCACUCUCCCUUGAUAAUCUCCUGAUAGUAUCUUUUCUUUGUUUGGCUCUAACCCCAAAUGCUCUGGAUUUUAGUGGAAUUGCUGCUCUUUUUAAUCCCUGUGGUGUGCUGAAAGGUUUUGCAUAGGCCAGAUCAAAUCAAUACUAUAUAAAUACCAGUGCAAACCUUUUUCUUACAGUUAAUACAGUGAUAGACUAUUUUGAAGACCAUGGAAUUAAUUAUAUUUAAUGGACUAUGAAGACUUGUAUGUAUUAAAGUAUUUGUAUAUUUUGAAGUGUUUGAUGUCCACAAAAUGAUGGGAAUUUUAUAUAAUAUAAUGGAAGACAGAGAAACUUGAUUUGGUGUCUAGAUUUUGGCUCUGGCUAAUAGUAAUGGAUGACAAACAAACAAGAAAUACCUCAAUGAGGAUUGCCCAGACCCCUCUUUGUCAUGCUUUGUUACAAAAAGAAAAAUAUGGUGAAACUUUAAAGCCAUUUGGAUAAAGACAAACACCACACAUGAUUCUCUGGCAGGCUGAGCAGCCUUUAGAUGGCCUCUUGGUUAAUCAGGCACUCAUUUUCCUCCCCAGGAUUAAGGAGCUUGGAAAAGCUAACUCUCAGUUUCCCAGGGACAUUUACUGUACAUCCUCAGCAACCUGCUUUGGUUCUGGUCUGAAGACUGCAUGUUGUAGAGGGCAGAGUUGGAAUGUUUACAGACAGUCUGGCUGCUGCCUGGAGCAUCCUCUGAUGUAGAAUUUCAUAGAGAAACUGCUUGAUAUUGUGCUGAUCAAACCUUUUCUGUUUAGACUGACAGUUAAACGCCACCUCAGGUUGGUACCUAUGGAAUUCAAAGGCAGUUUCAUGAUUUUAAGGAAGAAAGUGACUUUUCUUCAAUUUUCAUGAUAAUUGUCCAUGUUACAGCUCUUGCUGUGGGACACUCUCAGGCAAAACCACAGCACACACUGUGCUGGGCAUUCUCAUGCUUUAAAAAUGGGAACAGUGAGCACAUGCUUGUUCCCCAUGUUUGGCUGUAAAUGUGGAAUACUUCUGGUGAGUGGAGAGACUCCAGCUAUAGCUCUGGCUAACAGCACAAUGCACAUGCAUGGCACGUACAGCAUAAAUAAUACAACUCUGUUUCAAGAGAUCCUGAGAGAGCUUAUCCUGUCAGGUAAGAUCUAGGAUUACAGCUUAUUUUAGUGGACUUUAGUUAGAUAUACAGACUUAUUUUAAAUGAACUGCACAAAAUAAUUAAAAAUUCACCUAGCAGCACUGUAAGCUAAUUACAACAUGGUGCAUAAAGAACACACACUAAACAAAUCAGAUCUUCCUUUUAAGAAUUACUACAUAAUUUUCAGGCUAACUCCUGAAAAAGAGUAUCCACUCCCCACUUAUGUUUUCAUUUUUCUGUAUCAGUCAUAACAAAUGUAUCCAAGUAUCUCACAAAUGUUCAUUAUAAAUGAUCAUGAGAACACUCUGUUCUUCCAACUCA